GCAGUAGACAUGUACCCAAUGUAUACAGCAACCUUUUCAUCGUAGUUUUUUAAUCUCCAGGAGCUAACAUGUUCUAUACAUCCUGUAAAAGAAAAGACUGGAUUAAUCUUUGAUCAAGAGCACCAGCAGAUGCUACAGAUUACAUCAAAUCUGAACAUAUUCAAGAGUGUGAAGAAUGAAAACAUGGGCAAAAAUGUUCCUGAUAGUUGGAGCUCUCGGUUUAUUGGUUUUCUUGUUUCCUAUUAACCGUGUAAGCAACCAUUUACAAGCCAGAGGGGAUGCCAGCCAGAAAAAGCCAAUGGCCAAAAAUAACUCCUAUGUUUAUUCUUGGCCAAAAUGUCAACAAAAUAUGUCUGCUGCCAGCAUAUCAGGCUUUGAGACGGUUCCCCAGCACAUCCAAGACUUCCUCUACUAUCGACACUGUCGCCAUUUCCCCAUGCUCCUGGACCUUCCUGACAAAUGUGGAGGAAUUGAUAAAUCUGCAGACAUCUUCCUUUUACUGGUCAUUAAAAGUUCUCCUGUGAACUAUGAACGGCGAGAGGUGCUACGUAAAACCUGGGCUAAAGAGAGGUUACACAAUGGUGUGUGGAUCCGGAGGAUCUUCAUCUCAGGAACAAUGGAUUCUGGAUUUGAGAAAAAAAGACUGAACAAACUGCUUGAACUGGAGCAACGUGAGUACAAUGACAUCCUCCAAUGGGACUUUAGUGACACAUUAUUCAACCUCACCCUGAAGCAGGUACUCUUCCUCGAAUGGAUGGAGAGAAACUGUCCGAAAGCUCGCUUCCUGUUUAAUGGUGACGAUGACGUUUUUGCCAACACAGACAACAUGGUUGAUUAUCUCCAGAGCCUCAAGGACAAUGAUGGAAGCAAGCACCUAUUUACUGGCCAUGUAUUCCAGGGCACUCGGCCUGUUCGAUGGACAGAGAGCAAGUACUAUGUCCCAGUUCAGGUACAGGAGUCAAAUUCAUAUCCCCCCUACUGUGGUGGUGGGGGGUUCCUCCUGUCUGGACAUACAGCUUUGGUCAUAUACAACAUGUCCCAGUCCAUUACCAUUCAUCCUAUUGAUGAUGUUUACAUGGGGAUGUGUCUGGCCAAAGCAGGACUGAGUCCUGUUCCCCAUAUGGGCUUCAGGACCCUCGGACUGCACAUCCCCUCAAAGAAGGUAGAUCCACAUGACCCUUGUUAUUUUAAAGAAUUUUUACUGGUACACAGAUUUCUUCCUCCUGACAUUUAUUUAAUGUGGCAUAAAAUAUAUGAUCCUGAUCUGAAAUGUGGUCAUAAUAGUCACAGAUCUUGAGAAAAUAAGUAUCUUUUUUUUUUUUACUCUACACAUUAAGUUUAAUGCUACUGGCAGUAUAAAAAGUUUAAUAUAUUCAAAUUGGCCUCACUGAUUAUUACAACAACACGAACAAUAAGAUAUUAGAGGAAUGUUCUCUUCUAUACAAAGUGAUUCUUUAACUGUCAAGUUUUCAGUACUUGCAGUUUCAAGUAUUAUUACAGUAAUUCAGUCAGUUCAAAGAGCAAAGAAUAAAAAAAAAACUCCUUGUAGAUACAUUUUGCAUGAACACAAAUUAUUCAUUCAUUCAUUUUUUAAGUCCAUUUACUUUAGACCCAUCAGUGCUUCAAGUAUAAGAACUGAAUUCAGUAAUGUCAGUAAAUAUUCAAAAAUAGCUGCUGCAACAACAUAACUUUAUUUCAAGCAUGGUAAAAAUAUGAAUACAAAACACAAAAACAUUUUUCACUAUAACACACACUAUAAAUGCUAGGAAGGCAAUAUUUUAGAGGCAAAAUAUACUCUUUGUUCAUACAUUUCUAACACAAAGCUUAAAAUCCUUUUUCAGUUUCUUAAAUUCUUUUACCUCUUUGGAUACAGCUUUAUAUAAAAGUCAUCAAAGUCGUCUAUAAUACAUAUAUGUCACAAAACCCAGUGAAAUAUACCUUGCAUUUCCUGAAUUAACCAGUAUUUUAUUAUUUAUUAUUCUGGCAUGAGAGAGAGUUCUAGUUAAAUAUGAUCCAUUGGUAAAAUGUUCCAAAUGUAUCCAUGUGAGCCUAGAAGUUGUCCUCCUAUUGUGUGUGAAUGCUUUUUAUAUAUUUGACUGUGAGAGGAUAUGAUGAAGUACACGUCACAAUAAGUUCUUAGACAGUUGGUAAUCUGUCUUUAGUUGAUGUGUUUCUCCAGAGCGACAGGAGCGACUCUUAAAACUGUUUUAGGAUUUAUUAUUUUUAGCAUGUUAUAGUUGUGAACAAUACAUUCUCUGUAGAACUGGAGUUAAAUCAGAGUCACAUCAGUUUUUCAUCU